AUCUUCUAACUCAGUCAAAGUCAGCGCGUCACUCAAUAAACUCCUUCCGCUAGUUAGAUUUGAAUGUAUAUAAAAAUGGAUAGUUUAGUUUUAUUAUUUAUUCUCGCAAGCGCGGUCUGCUGUCAGUGCGCCAAUAUUCUGUAUGUGAUACCUUUUACUUCAAAGUCGCAUUAUAUCAUGCUGAGGCCUAUUGGUUUGGAGUUGGCCCGCAGAGGUCACAACGUGACAGUAUUUACAGCCUUCAAGGAGACUGACCACGUAUCAACCUAUCAUCAAGUUAUGGCUGAUGACAAAAAGAUUUGGGAUGUAUCAGAAGGUGGCCGACCUAAUGUCUUUACGAUGGUGGACAUAUCCGAAGAAGAAUUUUAUGACAAAAUUCUCUGGGGUGGAGGUUUAGCAUCCACUGAGGUAGCACUCAGCUCGAAACAAAUCCAAGAUUUUCUAAAGCAAGAGCACAAAUUUGACUUGGUAAUAAGCGAAAUGUUUUUCCAAGAAGCCACUUAUGUUUUAGCCCAUAAAUACAAAGUGCCAUUGGCUCUAGUAACUACAUUUGGUAACUGCAUGAGAAAUAAUAUUAUCAUGAGGAAUCCUCUACAGUUAGCGACUGUUAUAAAUGAAUUCGUUGCUAUCAAGGACCCACACCGUUUUUUUGGGAGAUUAAGGAACUUUUACUUUGCCGCCUAUGAGUACUUUUGGUACAAAGUCUGGUACAUACAGAAGCAGGAAGCAUUGGCUAAGAAGUACAUAAAGAAUUUGCCUGAACCUGUUCCAAGUCUAGAAGAACUGCAGAAGAACGCAUCCCUGUUUCUAAUGAACAGUCAUUUCAGUUUUGACACUCCCGCAGCGUAUUUACCUAAUUUAGUUGAAAUCGGAGGAAUACAUCUGACUCAUAAAUUCGACCCUCUCCCAAAGGACUUGGCUGACAUUUUGGACAAGUCAACACAAGGAGUGAUCUAUAUGAGCUUUGGUUCCAACGUCCAUAGUUCAGAACUGCCAUUAGACAAGAAAAAGGCAUUCCUUAACGUGUUCAGGCGCCUAAAGUAUACUGUAUUGUGGAAAUGGGAGGAGGAAAGUCUAGAGGGCAAACCUGAUAAUCUGAUUGUAAGAAAAUGGCUGCCGCAAAAGGAGAUUUUAGCUCACCCGAACGUCAAAGUUUUCAUAUCCCACGGCGGACUAAUCGGGACACAAGAGGCAGUAUUCCAUGGGGUUCCAAUCAUCGGAGUCCCCAUAUACGCGGACCAAUACAACAACCUUCUUCAGGCUCAGGAAGCUGGUAUCGGCAGGAUCCUACAAUACCAUGAUAUCAAUGAGGAAAACUUGGAAUCUGCUUUACGCGCUGUUUGUGAAAACGACUCAUACAAAAUCAAGGCGAAGGAGUUGUCAGUUAGGUUCCAAGAUAGGCCUUUUACAGCGUUGCAAACUGCCAUGUAUUGGAUUGAGUAUGUUAUAAGAAACAAAGGUGCCGAUUUCAUGAAGAAUCCAGCGCGUAAUCUAAGCUGGGUUGAAUAUCAUAUGCUCGACGUCUUUGCUUUCUUUGUGGCAAUUGCCGCAGCAUUUGUUUUUGUUAUCGUUAAACUCAUCAAAUAUUUUAUUAGAAAAGAAACUGUUGUCAAAAAGAAAUCAAAACGCAGUUAAAGUUUUUCGUUUACCAAGUUAUGUUAUAAUAAUAUGAAAUUUGUUA